AUUGAAAAUGGUAUCACCCAAUAAACCCCUUCAUUGACUUUACUAAAUUCUCUCUCUCUCUCUGUUUUCAAUUUUAUUCGAGUAAUUAAUUGGUAGAGAAGUUGUUCUUUGGGGCCUGUUCUUGUAGUCAAAACAGUACAAUCGAAGGAUGUCGGUAAGGUCAGGGAAUUGAAUUGACAGAGAGGCACUGCCAGAUUUGAGAGAUGGAGACGUGAAGAAGACGAUUCCAAAUCCAAAUCCAAGUCCAACCCAACUGUUUUUUUCUAUUUGUUUAUUCAAAUUCAACUGAAAAUUCUGACCAAUACAUUGUUCCUUUUGCUCAACGCGGUUCAUUCUAUUCCCCCUGUUUCUUGUUUGGUUUCUUCAAUUUAUUCUCUAAUCAAAUGAUCCUGGAUUUUUCUGAUAACCCAUUACUGUAAUAGCCCAUAACUUCGAGUUGGGCGUCGUUUUAGUUGAUUUUAGGUUCUGGGUUUUGCUUGAAUCUCUGUUUCUAUUUGUUGGGGGGUUUGGUCUUGAUUAUGGAGAUUGCUAGAUUUGUCGUAGUGAGCUUCUUGCUGGUGAUAUCUUUUUUCCCAAGUGGGGAUUGCAAUUUGGUGUUUAAGGUUCAGCACAAGUUCAAGGGUCGCGAGAGGUCCUUGGAAGCAUUCAAAGCCCACGAUAUUCACCGUCGUGGUAGAUUUCUUUCUGCUAUUGAUCUCGAAUUGGGUGGGAAUGGACACCCUUCUGAAUCUGGGCUGUAUUUUGCUAAAAUUGGGCUUGGGACACCAGUACAAGACUAUUAUGUACAGGUGGAUACAGGAAGUGACAUCUUAUGGGUGAAUUGUGCAGGCUGUACAAACUGUCCCAAAAAAAGUGAUCUUGGUAUAGAACUGUCACUAUACAAUCCAUCGAGCUCUAGUACUUCAAACCGUGUAACUUGUAAUCAAGAUUUUUGCACUUCCACAUAUGAUGGUCCAAUUCCUGGUUGCACACCCGAACUACUCUGUGAAUAUAGAGUUGCAUAUGGAGAUGGAAGCUCAACUGCUGGAUAUUUCGUGAAGGAUCAUGUAGUACUUGAUCGAGUGACAGGAAAUUUUCAAACUUCAUCUACAAAUGGGAGUAUAGUAUUUGGUUGUGGCGCUCAACAAUCUGGCCAACUAGGUGCAACAUCUGCUGCACUUGAUGGGAUACUUGGUUUUGGACAAGCAAAUUCAUCCAUGAUUUCACAGCUGGCUUCUUCAGGAAAAGUUAAAAGAAUUUUUGCACAUUGCUUGGACAAUAAUAAUGGCGGUGGAAUCUUUGCCAUUGGGGAGGUGGUGCAGCCAAAAGUCCACACCACUCCAUUAGUGCCGCAACAGGCACAUUACAAUGUGUUUAUGAAGGCAAUUGAGGUUGGCAAUGAAGUGCUGAAUCUCCCAACGGAUGUUUUUGACACUGAUUUAAGGAAAGGAACAAUUAUUGACAGUGGGACAACGUUGGCUUAUUUUCCAGACGUGAUUUAUGAACCAUUAAUGUCGAAGAUUUUUGCAAGGCAGAGUACACUGAGGUUACAUACUGUUGAAGAACAAUUUACCUGCUUUGAGUACGAUGGAAAUGUUGACGAUGGAUUUCCUACAGUUACAUUUCAUUUUGAAGAUUCCCUGUCUUUGACAGUUUAUCCUCAUGAGUAUCUAUUUGAUAUUGAUACUAAUAAAUGGUGUGUGGGUUGGCAAAACAGUGGUGCCCAAUCUAGGGAUGGAAAGGAUAUGAUUCUGUUGGGAGAUUUGGUGCUUCAAAAUAGACUUGUGCUGUACGACUUGGAAAAUCAGACCAUCGGUUGGACCGAGUAUAAUUGCUCUUCAAGCAUUAAGGUGAGGGAUGAACACAGUGGAGCUAUAUAUGCAGUUGGGCCUCAUGAUCUUUCUUCAGCUUCUUCUCUAAGAGUUGAAAGAAUAUCAAUGCUAUUGUUAAUGCUACUGCUCACCAUAUUUCAUUCUUUUAGAAAUUAAAAUAGAUUGUUUUCAAAGUGAGUUCAUUAUACCAUGUUGUAUAAUAAUUAUUUCAUGUAAAUAUGCUCUGCCCAUAUGAUUCUUUUACAUUAUUCAAUUGGUUCUUUAAGAUCCAUUGGCAGUGCUGAAUGAUUCUUUGGGCUUUCUGAAAUACUUGUAUUGUUCUUUUUUAUAUUGGUAUUGUUCAUUUUUUUUUUUUUUUUU